CUAUUUGGAAGCGUUUAUGAACUUAUUAUAAAUUUUGAAUCUCAAACUCUCGGACAAGACUAUGGCGACUGAAAAUACAUACAUAUUAUAUGAUGCUAACAAUGGGAAAUCUCAACAGGGGACUAAUGACAACUCUGGAUCAACAGACGAUAUGAAGCAACUUAUACUUGAAGAUGCAUCGGUUGAACUGAAAAGUAAUUUAGCUGAAACAAGUUUUAACUACAUUAAUAGUGUUAUCGGGUCUGGAAUUGUUGGUAUCCCCUAUGCACUUCAACAAUCUGGUAUUGGAUUAGGCAUUAUUUUAUUAAUUUUAAUUGCUGUUGCUACAGAUUAUUCAUUAUGUAUAAUGAUAAAAGCAGGAACAGCUGCUGGUGUAACCACUUAUCAAGCAUUGAUUCAAUCUCAAUUUGGUCGACCAGGUUAUUAUUUUCUGACAGCUGCUCAAUUCAUAUAUCCAUUGAUAGCUAUGAUAAGUUAUAAUAUAAUUAUUGGGGAUACUAUAACAAAGGUGCUGAUGAGAAUGUUUCAUAUGUCACGCAGUUCUAUCUUGGGGAACCGGCAUUUUAUUGUUUUUAUGUCAACCUUAUUUGUUACAUUACCUCUCUCCUUAUAUCGGACCAUUGUGAGACUUUCUUUGGUCUCAUUUUUAUCUUUGAUUUUUGCUGCAUCCAUUGUGCUGUUUGUUGUGAUUCGAGCUUUUACUAUGACUGGUGAAAUAGAAAUCACUCCAGAUGCGUUUGUAUUUGCAAAUACGGGAGUAACUCAAGCUAUUGGAGUUAUAGCGUUUGCUUAUAUGUGUCAUCAUAAUUCAUUUCUUCUGUAUGGUGCACUUGAUAACCCCACUCAAGCCCGUUGGAAUCUUGUCACACACAUAAGCAUUGGCUUUUCAUGCUUAAUAAUAGUCAUAUUUGGAAUAUGUGGCUAUGUUACAUUUACUGGUUUAGUGCAAGGCGAUCUACUGGAAAACUUUUGUAUGAGUGAUGAUUGGGCCAAUGCUGCUCGUUGGAUUUUUACCAUUACCAUAAUGUUGACAUAUCCUAUAGAGUGUUUUGUCACAAGAGAAGUCUUUGAAAAUGCUGUGUUCAAAGAAAAGGAAUCUUCCCUUUUUAGACAUUCAAUUGUUACUGUAGCUCUUGUAACUAUUACUUUUGCACUGUCAACUCUUACUGAUUGCCUUAGCAUUGUAUUAGAGCUCAAUGGUGUUUUAGCUGCUGUUCCUCUUGCUUACAUUUUGCCAGCUGCUGCAUACAUCAAAGUUACAGAAGGAAAACUGCUUUCGUGGGAAAAGGGUCCUGCUGUUUUCCUUGCUAUUGUGGGUGUUAUUAUUGCUUUAACUGGAACAAUAAAAGCUAUUUUUGAUAUGGUUCAUGGUAUUUCAUGCAGUCAUGGUGCUGAAAUGUCAUACUGUGUUACAAAUGCAACUUUUCUGAAAAAUGCAACUCUACCUGACUAA